AUGUUGGCUGGCUCCAUUGGUCAGAUUCCUCAAGCGAAUGCUGGUAACCGAAAUGGAGAUGAUGAUGAGUACCGUGCUUUAGGGAUAUUCCAAAGGAACAAUCCUCCUGUUUUUGAAGGUGAACAUGAACCUGAUAAAGCUCAAGCUUGGCUGAAGGCGAUUGAGAAGAUCUUUAGAGUCAUGAACUAUACUGAUGCUCAGAGAGUGCAGUUUGGUACUCAUAUGCUGGAGAAGGAAGCUGAAGAUUGGUGGAACAACACUCUUCAGAGGUUUGAAGAAGAUGGCAUUGAGGUUACUUGGGAUCUUUUCCGUGAUAUUUUCUUGGAGAACUAUUUUCCUGAAGAUUGUCGAGGGAAGAAAGAGGUGGAGUUCCUUGAGUUGAAGCAAGGAAAUGGUACCGUUGCUGUUUAUGCUGCUAAGUUUCAGGAACUUAUCAAGUAUUGUCCCCACUAUAAUACUGCUAAUGCUGAGAGAUCUAAAUGUUUGAAUAGAGAGAGUGCCUCUAUCUACAAGAGUUUGAAAGGAAAGAAUCAGGAUCGUGGGAAACCGUAUGAUGACAAGAAGAAACAAGCUGGUUUCGGCAAGAAGCCAAGUUGGGGAGGAUCUUCUACUUCACCUAAGUGUUUCAAAUGUGGUGUUGAGGGUCAUAAAGCUGCUGAGUGCAAGAAAGAGGUUACUACUUGUUUCAAGUGUGGAAAGUAUGGUCACAUAACUACUAAUUGUAGAGGUGGUUCGAAUGUGACUUGUUUCAACUGUGGAGAGAAAGGUCACGUUAGUACAAAAUGUGACAAGCCAAAGAAGGAGCAAGUAAAAGGAAAAGUGUACGCAUUGUCUGGUGCGGGAGCCACCACUGAUGAGAGGCUAAUUCAAGCAACCUUAGAUGUGCGCGAGAAGAGAACCAUUGAGGAAUUGCCUAUAGUCUGUGAAUUUGCAGAGGUAUUUCCUGAUGAUAUAAUUGAUUUACCACCAGAGCGAGAAGUUGAGUUUUCGAUUGACUUAGUUCCUGGGACUAGUCCUGAAGUUCAUUGA